UCGCCUGGCAACCUUGGACGGCCCUGGGCUAUGAUUGGUCAUAACUUUGUUGUUGAAACGUUUUAAUAAGGGAUUUAGAUACUCACAGUUAUCUUCAUCUCUUCCCGAUUGUAAAAACACAAAUUUGAUUUUUGUUUUCGAAAGUGACUAUGAUUAAUUCAGGGAAGCUCGCUGGCAAAACUGUGUUUAUCACAGGUGCAAGUCGAGGCAUUGGGAAAGCGAUUGGUCUGAAGGCUGCUAAAGAUGGAGCUAAUGUUGUCAUUGCCGCCAAAACUGCUGAGCCUCAUCCUAAACUACCUGGAACUGUUUACACAGCUGCAAAAGAAAUGGAAGAAGCUGGAGGAAGUUGCUUGCCAUGCAUAGUUGAUGUACGUGAUGAAGAACAAGUGUUGAAUGCAGUCAAUUCGGCCGUUCAAAAAUUUGGUGGCAUUGAUAUAUUGGUCAAUAAUGCAAGUGCAAUACAUUUAACUGGUACUGUUGAUACUCCUAUGAAGCGUUACGAUCUUAUGCAUGGCAUAAAUACAAGGGGAACAUUUUUAGUUUCCAAGCUUUGCAUUCCACACCUCAAAAAAUCAUCUAAUGCUCACAUAUUGAAUAUUAGUCCUCCUUUACUGAUGGAGCCUCGUUGGUUCAAAAAUCAUGUAGCAUAUACAAUGGCCAAGUUUGGCAUGUCAAUGUGCGUACUAGGAAUGGCUGAGGAAUUAAAAGCUGAUAACAUUGCAGUAAAUGCUUUAUGGCCUAAAACUGCGAUAGCAACUGCUGCCAUGGAGAUGCUUGCAGGAAAAGACAUCACUAAGAAUUGCCGUAAACCAGAUGUGAUGGCUGAUGCAGCCUAUGCAAUAUUAACAAGUAGGAGAACUGGAGAAUUUUUCAUCGAUGAGACUGUUUUGUCUGAGAAUGGAGUAACAAACUUUGACCAAUAUGCGGUUGACCCUACUCAACCAUUAUCACCCGACUUUUUUCUUCCCCAGAAAGAACUUGAAUCUUUUCCAGCUGAUAGUUUAGGACAGUUGUAUAGCAACGAUUCAGCAACACCAAGCGAAAGUUCAACUGAUAUGGUUUUUGGUAAAAUAAAAUCUGUGUUGAAUGAAGAAUUAGUGAAGCGUACUUCUGGUGUUUACGCAUUUCACAUCACAGGAGGCAAGAAUGAAGAAACAUGGUACAUUGACCUCAAAACUGGAUCAGGUUCUGUUGGUAAAGGAGAACCUCCUAGUGGAAAAGCUGAUGUUACUUUUGCAUUGGACAUCAGCAGUUUUUUUGACAUGUUUGGUGGCAAACUUAAACCCACAAGUGCUUUUUUGGCUGGUAAACUUAAGUUAAAAGGUGAUAUGGGGCUUGCAAUGAAACUUGAAAAACUUAUGUCAAAGAUGCAAUCAAAACUAUAAAACUUAGCUGAAUACAAUUUUUGUAAUAUAUGAUUUUUACACAAAUUUUUAUAUACAUAUAUAUAUAUGUGUAAAGCUAUAUUUUGAAAAAAAAACCUUAAAUUGCUUUGUAUGAUGUUAAAAAUUUGAUGAUUAUGUACAUUAAAAAUGAAAGUAAAUAAAGUUAUAUCUGGCUAAUUCA